AUGUCUCGCCAUCACCCCGAUCUCGUCAUGUGCCGCAAGCAGCCCGGCAUCUCCAUCGGCCGUGUCUGCGACAAAUGCGACGGCAAAUGCCCAGUGUGCGAUUCCUACGUGCGACCCACCACUCUCGUGCGAAUUUGCGAUGAAUGCUCCUUUGGCAACUAUCAGAACAAGUGCGUUGUCUGCGGUGGAGAGGGCAUCAGCGAUGCUUUCUAUUGCUUUGAAUGCACGCGCCUGGAGAAGGAUCGAGACGGUUGUCCUAAGAUUAUAAAUCUGGGCAGUUCGAGGACAGAUCUCUUUUACCAAAAGAAAAGUUUUCGGAAUCAAUGA